AUGGAAGUAACAGCAAAGCUACCGCCUCCAUCAGCUGGGAAGGUUGUCACUAUUCUCAGUAUUGACGGAGGUGGGGUUAGAGGGAUCAUACCUGCCAUUCUACUCAUGAAACUAGAGGAAGAGUUGCAGAAAGUUUCUGGGCAUGAAAAUGCGAGGAUCGCAGACUAUUUUGACUUGAUCGCUGGAACUAGCACAGGUGGAAUCAUCACUGCCAUGCUCACAGCCCCAGACGGGGACCAUCGUCCUAUGUUUUCUGCUCCACAAAUUAAAGAUUUCUACAGAAAACAAUCCCCAGAAUUUUCCCCCCAAAAAAGUACUUGGUUCAAAUCUAUCUGGAACUAUCUCUACAAGCCCAAGUACGAUGGAGAGUAUUUACAUGGUGCAAUACAGUUCUAUCUGGAAGGAAAAAGACUGCAUGACACAUUGACUAGGGUUGUAAUCCCAACAUUCGAUAUGAAACAAGUCCGACCCACUGUUUUCUCAAGCUUGAAGCUAAACACAGAGUGCGACGUCCUCCCUGGCUUAGACGCCCAGCUAUCAGAUAUUUGCAUUGGAACUUCAGCUGCACCAACCUAUCUACCACCUUAUCCUUUCAAAAAUGGUGAAACAGAAUUCAAUUUGAUUGAUGGUGGUAUCAUAGCCAAUAAUCCUGUAAGCUAA